UGGGGAGGGUGGGGGCAGCGAAGAGCCGCAGCGGUGCUAUCCAGCCCGGAGAGGCGGCGGCCGCGCACCAUGGCAGACGAUGAGCAGGCCGGCGGCAGCCCCGGCGGGAGUUACGCGGGCGGCGGCGAGAGCGCGCACUGCAACGUGCUGAGCUGGGAGCAAGUGCAGCGCCUGGACCGCAUCCUCAGCGAGACCAUCCCCAUCCACGGCCGCGGCAACUUCCCCACGCUGGCCAUGCAGCCCCGCCAGAUCGUCAAGGUGGUGCGGAGCCGGCUGGAGGAGAAGGGCAUCGGCCUGCGGGACGUGCGGCUCAACGGCUCGGCCGCCAGCCACGUCCUCCACCAGGAUAGCGGCCUGGGCUACAAGGACUUGGACCUCAUCUUCUGCGCCGACCUGAAAGGGGAAGCCGAGUUUCAGACUGUGAAGGACGUGGUCUUGGACUGCCUCUUGGAUUUCUUACCCGAGGGGGUGAACAAGGAGAAGAUAACGCCGCUCACCCUCAAGGAGGCUUACGUGCAGAAAAUGGUAAAAGUAUGCAACGACUCGGACCGAUGGAGUCUCAUCUCCCUGUCCAACAACAGCGGCAAGAACGUGGAGCUGAAAUUCGUGGACUCUCUGAGGCGGCAGUUUGAAUUCAGUGUCGAUUCCUUUCAGAUCAAGCUGGACUCCCUGCUGCUUUUUUACGAGUGCUCAGAGAAUCCGAUGACUGAAACUUUUCACCCGACCAUCAUUGGCGAGAGCGUCUAUGGGGAUUUCCAGGAAGCCUUUGAUCAUCUCUGCAACAAGGUAAUUGCCACCAGAAACCCUGAAGAAAUCAGGGGCGGCGGUCUUCUGAAGUACUGCAACCUUUUGGUAAGGGGCUUCAGGGCUGCCUCUGAGUCUGAGAUCAAGUCCCUGCAGAGAUACAUGUGCUCCAGGUUUUUCAUUGACUUCUCGGACAUCGGGGAACAGCAGAGGAAGCUGGAGUCCUACUUGCAGAACCACUUUGUGGGACUGGAGGACCGCAAGUAUGACUAUCUCAUGACCCUUCACGGCGUGGUGAAUGAGAGCACAGUGUGCCUGAUGGGACACGAGAGGAGGCAGACUCUGAAUCUGAUCACCAUGCUGGCCAUCCGGGUGCUAGCCGAGCAAAACAUCAUCCCCAACGUGGCCAAUGUCACCUGCUAUUACCAGCCGGCCCCGUACGUAGCAGACGCCAACUUCAGCAAUUACUAUAUUGCCCAGGUGCAGACGGUGUUCCCUUGCCAGCAGCACACGUACUCCACUUGGCUGCCCUGUAAUUAAGGACUGAAGCCAGGAGACCUGGUGGGGAGACCCAUUUGCUAAGAGGCAGGAAGGGGCGAUGUGUCCCUGUGAAGAGGGGUGUUUGUGCAAUGCUGAUCUGCUCUAGGUUUUGAGCUCCAGAGAAGCUUAUGGUUCUGCUCAUAAACAGCGGGAGCACGAUCGAGAGAGACCCCCUGAAUAAUUGGAUCCUACCCCAGAGCACAAGAGGCCUGUCAUUAAAAGCAACCAGCUUCCCCUGAAAGAAAUGAGGGAGGAUGCUUGAUGACAAUAUGGGUUGGCAGUGUCUGCUCCCAUAGCUUUGGCAUAGAGAAGGUGGGAAAGCCUUAUUUCCUUUCAUUUUUAUUCUUACUCUAGAAUGGGAUCUUGCAAAAGGGAGAAUACGAAAGACAUAAACAAACAAAAAAAAGACAAAAAGGAAAAAAAAGACAAAAAACAAUUCUAUGUAUUCAGGAAUUAAAAGUUAGAGGCAUAAAGCAGAGAUAGACUGAAUAAAGCAAUGUAUAUCAGGAUUCCUGCGUUUGGGGCUUGCAGCAAGGGCCACCUAUGAACUGUCGGUGUAGAAUGUAUUAGCUCGCUUGGCUAGAAUGCUUUCCCAGGAGCAGCUUGCUCCAAAUGCACAGCAGAGACUGGUGCAGGUGCAAACCCAGGGGUGCCACGCAGGGUGGCAGAGCCCAGCUGUUCCAGCUGGGUACAUGCCUCCCCUUCUAACGGUGUGAGGGUGCAGGAGAACCAGCUGGGGCAAACAGAGUAUACUGGAGGACCAAAGAUUUCACAAAGAAGUUAGCCCGAGCAGAGAAGACACAGUAGAGUAUAUAGAUAUAUAAAUAUAUACAUAUAUAUAUAUAAAGAAAAGAAAGAUAUUGCUAUAUUUGUACACGCCAACCCUAACUCAAAAGUGCCUGAUGCCUUCAUAACGUUUGAAGUGAGGAAGAGGAAGUCUAGUUUUGUGGUUUAACCAUGCAUUCUUGUUCUAUCAGGGACACAAGGAUGAAAGACACAAAACCCCAUCAUAAGCUUGUGAAUAAGUGGUGGAGGAGAUGCCCAAUGGCUGUGAUUUUUGUUGUUGUUGUUGGCAAAUGCCUGUAUAGAGUUAAUGUUCCGUCGGUGUGCCCUCACCUAGGUACGUGUGUGUGUGUGUGUGUAUAUAUGUUUGUGUGUGUAUAUAUGUCCAUGGCAGGGCUGUCUAUCUCUAUAUGCACACACAAGAUAUAUAUCUCUAUUGACGUGGUCUAGGACAAUGUAGCAGUUAAGGAAUGUUUAAAUAAAGUACUCUGUGUUUCCCAGUUUGCAA